GGAAUCGAAACCAGGAGGUGAAGACGAGAGGGGGAGGGGGGGGGGGGGGGAACUCUUGGAUGGUGGAACGGGAACGACAGCUCGGAGUCAGGGUGGGACUGCCGAGCGGUACAGUCUCUCUUCCGUCGAACCAACAAACUUAACAAAAUGGCGGAUAAGGAAAAGAAGAUCAAGAAGAAGAAGGCAAAAGAAGACGCGCCCGCAGAGGAGGCCCCAGCACCCGCCGCAUCUUCAGGAGGCUCGCGCGGCAGCCGCAAGGCCAAGCGCACUGGCUCCAAUGUCUUUUCCAUGUUCUCCCAGAAGCAGGUCGCCGAAUUCAAAGAGGCCUUCCAGCUAAUGGACCACGACAAAGACGGUAUCAUCGGCAAGAACGACCUUCGCGCGACCUUCGACUCCCUCGGCAGACUGGCCAGCGAGAAGGAGCUCGACGAGAUGGUCGGCGAGGCGUCCGGCCCCAUCAACUUCACCCAGCUCCUCACCCUCUUCGCCGGCCGCAUGUCCGGCGGCUCCGACGACGACGACGUCGUCAUCAACGCCUUCAAGACCUUCGACAACGACGGCAAGAUCGACUCGGAGAGGCUGAGGCACGCCCUCAUGACCUGGGGAGACAAGUUCUCCGCCGACGAGGUCGACGAAGCGUACGACCAGAUGGAUAUCGACGAUAAGGGCUUCAUUGACACCACCAAGCUGAUCACCAUGUUGACCGCCAGCGCCGAGGAAGAGGAAGGUGGCGAGGCUGCGUAGUCUGACCAAUAGCAGCUCAGGAUAGAAGUUCCAAGGGGUACCACCUGACCCGCUCCGGUUCCACGGAUUAAACGCGCUUGGAACCGAACAUCUAUUAUUUUAUUUAACAACAACUCUAUGUUAAUUUAUUGUUUCCAUUUUAUAAUUUAUAUUACUUAAAAUGAAAAUAUAGUUAUUGCUAUGCCAAGAUCGUGUAAAACUGUCCCUAACUGGGUGUUCACGGGGGUUGGGGGUUGUAUGGAAUACUAUGUAUUCAUUUUCUGUUUGAAAUAAAGAUUUAAAUCAAGUCUGACUAAAUGAUAAGGCUCGAAGCGGCCAAUUUAAUAGUAA